AGUCUCCUUCCGUUGCGGGUGAACAGCGCCCAUAUGUUUGUUGCAAACGCUUCUUACGUUGGCUGUAGCCACAGAGCAGCCCGGUAUCUAAGAAGAGAGGGAUAGAUGCCCAAGCAACUCAUUCUGCAUAGCAGCUGUCGCGACAACCCUCACUGUGCUGGAAUGUGCUCACUUGAAGACACUUGGAUUGGACUUAAUCUUAAACCUCUGGAGGUCAAGACCUUUUAAAAAGGGCUAAAUAAACAAUCUCUACAUGUAAAAGGCCAGCGACUCCCACUUCCUCUGUUGAAGCAACUGAGAAAAGUUCAGCCUCUCUUCUAGGAAAACUGAAGACCUUAAUAACAAACCCUUCAAGGUGAAAAUGAAUACAGAUAGCGGUGGGUGUGCUCGCAAACGUGCCGCCAUGUCUGUUACGUUAACAUCUGUGAAGAGAGUUCAAAGUUCUCCAAACCUAUUGGCUGCAGGGCGUGAGUCUCAGUCUCCAGACUCAGCUUGGAGAUCUUACAAUGAUCGAAAUCCAGAGACACUGAACGGAGAUGCCACAUAUUCCUCUCUUGCAGCAAAAGGUUUUAGAAGCGUUCGACCAAACCUGCAAGACAAAAAAUCACCAACCCAGAGCCAGAUCACUAUCAAUGGCAACUCUGGAGGUGCUGUGAGUCCAGUGAAUUACUAUCAGAGGCCGUUCUCCCCUUCUGCAUACUCCCUCCCAGCCUCACUGAACUCCAGCGUGAUCAUGCAGCAUGGCAGGUCGCUUGAUUCUGCGGAGGCAUAUUCCCAGCAUGCCCAGUCUCUGGAUGGCACCAUGGGUAGCUCCAUCCCGCUCUAUAGAUCCUCUGAGGAAGAGAAGAGGGUCACAGUCAUCAAAGCCCCGCAUUACCCAGGGAUCGGCCCCGUGGAUGAGUCUGGAAUCCCCACAGCCAUUAGAACGACGGUUGACCGGCCGAAAGACUGGUACAAGACAAUGUUUAAGCAAAUCCACAUGGUACACAAGCCGGAUGAGGACACAGACAUGUAUAAUACUCCUUACACAUACAACGCAGGUCUAUACAACUCACCCUACAGUGCUCAGUCACACCCUGCCGCGAAGACUCAGACCUACAGACCUCUUUCCAAAAGCCACUCAGACAAUGGCACCGAUGCUUUUAAGGAGGCACCCUCCCCAGUGCUUCCCCCACACGUUCCGCCACGACCAAGAGAUCAGUCUUCGACACUAAAGCAUGACUGGGACCCUCCAGACAGAAAGGUGGACACCAGAAAAUUUCGAUCGGAGCCAAGGAGUAUUUUUGAAUAUGAGCCUGGGAAGUCAUCCAUUCUGCAGCACGAAAGACCCCCUCCUAAAAAGUCUCUGGAUUAUGUUCAAGAUCAUUCUUCUGGUGUGUCCAAUGAGGUCUCCGUCUAUCAGUCCUCCAUAGACAGAAGCUUGGAAAGACCCAGCAGCUCUGCAAGCAUGGCCGGUGACUUUAGAAAACGGAGGAAGAGCGAACCUGCAGUGGGCCCACCCAGGGGCUUGGGGGAUCAGAGUUCGAGCAGGACCAGCCCCAGCCGGGCAGACCUCCCAGGAUCAAGUUCCACCUUUUCGAAGUCUUUCAUUAGCUCUUCUCCUUCCUCUCCCUCGAGAGCACAAGGUGGGGAUGAUAGCAAAAUGUGCCCGCCCCUUUGCAGUUACUCGGGGCUCAAUGGCGCCCCCUCUGGUGAGUUAGAGUGCUGCGGAGCUUAUAGACAGCAUUUGGACGUCCCGGGAGACUCGCAAAGGGCCAUCACUUUCAAGAAUGGCUGGCAAAUGGCCCGGCAAAAUGCAGAGAUCUGGAGUAGCACUGAAGAGACUGUUUCCCCCAAAAUCAAAUCACGUAGCUGUGAUGAUCUCCUGAAUGACGACUGCGACAGCUUCCCAGACCCUAAAACCAAGUCAGAAAGUAUGGGUUCUCUGUUAUGUGAAGAAGACUCCAAAGAGAGCUGCCCCAUGGGGUGGACUUCCCCCUACAUACAGGAAGUGUGUGGAAACAGCAGAUCUAGGCUCAAACACAGGUCAGCCCAUAAUGCCCCAGGCUUCCUCAAAAUGUACAAGAAAAUGCAUCGCAUCAACCGCAAGGAUUUGAUGAAUUCAGAGGUCAUUUGCUCCGUGAAAUCCAGGAUCCUGCAGUACGAGAAGGAGCAACAGCACAGGGGGCUGCUCCACGGAUGGAGCCAGUCUUCCACCGAGGAGGUGCCCAGGGACGUGGUACCCACUCGCAUUUCAGAGUUUGAAAAGCUGAUUCAGAAGUCAAAGUCUAUGCCCAAUCUAGGAGAUGAAAUAUUAUCUCCCAUAACCCUAGAGCCUCCACAAAAUGGUUUGUGUCCCAAGAGGCGAUUUUCUAUUGAGUCUCUGCUGAAUGAAGAAACUCAGGUUCGACACCCUUCUCAGGGUCAGCGAAGCUGCAAGUCUAAUACCCUGGUGCCCAUCCACAUCGAGGUCACCAGCGACGAACAACCUAGAACACAUGUGGAAUUUUCCGACAGUGACCAAGAUGGGGUUGUGUCUGACCACAGCGACUACGUUCAUGUCGAAGGGUCAUCCUUCUGUAGUGAAAGUGACUUCGACCACUUUUCAUUCACAUCCUCUGAAAGCUUCUACGGAUCCAGCCAUCACCAUCACCACCACCAUCACCGACACCUCAUCAGCUCCUGCAAAGGCCGUUGCCCGGCUUCUUACACUCGAUUCACCACAAUGUUAAAACAUGAAAGAGCUAAGCAUGAAACUAUUGACCGACCCAGAAGGCAAGAAAUGGAUCCUGGCCUAUCUAAACUUGCAUUUCUAGUCAGCCCCGUGCCUUUCCGAAGGAAAAAAAUUUUGACUCCAAAAAAACAGACUGAACAAGCAAAAUGCAAAGCCUCAGUAGUUGAGGCUUUGGACUCUGCCCUUAAAGACAUUUGCGACCAAAUAAAAGCUGAAAAGCGGAGAGGAAGCUUGCCAGACAACAGUAUACUGCACAGACUUAUCAGUGAACUGCUGCCACAGAUUCCAGAAAGGAAUUCAUCUCUUAACGCUCUAAAAAGGAGCCCCAUGCACCAGCCUUUCCACCCACUGCCUCAAGAUGGUGCUAUUCAUUGUCCCCUGUACCAAAAUGAUUGUGGGAGAAUGUCUCACAGUGCCUCUUUCCCAGACGUGGACACAACCAGCAACUACCACGCACAGGACUAUGGUAGUGCACUGAGCCUCCAAGAUCACGAGUCCCCAAGAAGUUAUUCAUCCACUCUGACUGACUUGGGAAGAAGUGUAUCACGGGAACGAAGAGGAACUCCAGAAAAAGAGAAACUGCCUGCAAAAGCUGUCUACGAUUUCAAAGCUCAGACAUCUAAGGAGCUGUCAUUUAAGAAAGGAGAUACUGUCUACAUCCUCAGGAAAAUUGACCAAAACUGGUAUGAGGGGGAGCACCACGGAAGAGUGGGCAUUUUCCCAAUCUCAUACGUAGAGAAACUAACACCCCCAGAAAAAGCGCAGCCUGCGAGACCACCACCCCCAGUCCAGCCUGGAGAGAUUGGAGAAGCCAUAGCCAAGUACAACUUCAAUGCAGACACAAACGUGGAACUCUCCCUGCGAAAGGGCGACAGGAUUAUUCUUCUUAAAAGAGUUGAUCAAAACUGGUACGAAGGUAAAAUCCCAGGAACCAACAGACAAGGCAUCUUCCCUGUCUCCUACGUAGAAGUUGUCAAAAGGAACACAAAAGGUCCUGAGGAUUACCCUGACCCUCCUCUACCCCACAGCUACUCCAGUGAUAGAAUCUACAGUCUAAGCUCCAAUAAGCCACAGCGUCCUGUGUUCUCUCAUGAAAACAUUCAAGGUGGGGGAGAACCGUUUCAGGCUCUGUAUAACUAUACUCCUAGGAAUGCAGAUGAGCUGGAACUCAGAGAAAGCGAUGUCGUCGAUGUCAUGGAAAAGUGCGAUGACGGAUGGUUCGUGGGAACUUCAAGAAGAACCAAAUUCUUUGGUACUUUUCCCGGAAACUAUGUCAAAAGGCUGUGACUCACCUCACUCCUAAUUUACACCACAUUUCAGCCACACAUCUGCAUUAACCCACCUGAAACAUCCCAGCAGACCUGUUGCUGCCAUGCCUUAUGGUUUUCAGUAGGCCAUUACCAUCUCCACCUGCCGCCGCCACCAAACCACCAGCAGAGGGACUACCGCUGUGAGCCUUAGGAAGGCUGGGAGCUUUAGAGAAACGUGGCAAACUUUCAUCCACAUAAAUAUGCAGUUUCCUGCUUUCUGCCCUGAACUUUGAAAUGCCUAUGUAUGGAAUCAGAACAACGUGAUCAUACUUUUAAAAAAUGAAAUAAUUAAGGAAGAAAGAAAGAGAAAAAAAGAAAAAGACUCUUCAGGAGACUGUCUGGUCUCAUGGCUGAAUCUCCACCUCUCUGGAAGGUACACUGUCCUCAGGAAGCGAAGCCAGAAGGUUGUUCUUUUUUUCUGAAAUGCUAUGGUUCUCAUUUUCACUCUAAGCUUGGCAGUAUAUUUUCCUUUCACGAGUUUGCCUAGUGCUCUGGUUUACACUAUAUGACAACUAUACUUUGGCUGUUGUUUGCCUGCACUUAUUCUACGUUGUUUCAUGCACAGUGAUUACAAAAUCAGGAGCCCGUAGGAACGUUCCCUGGGAUGAGUGUGAUUUUUGUAGACUGCAUUACAUUUUCACACGGGGGUCUUUUCCCUGUCCACUUUUUUUUUUUUUUUGUGCUUAUUAGAAGUGCAAACAGCGAGCAGUUUGGUCACUCUUAUGAGACUACGAAAGGCUUAGCCACACUACAGGACAAAUCGUGUUGUGAAUUCACAGUGCUGCUUCGUGUAUUAAAAUGUAAUCAUCAGCAUCGUGAACAACAAGUUCUUAGUGGUUUAUUUACCUGUUAAAACUUAAAAGCAGUGUUAGUGAGUUAGGCAGAGAGAUGAAAGUAAUACCAGUAGGUAGGUUUCACUGGGUGCACACUUACACAUUUGAGAUUGUAUGAGGACGUAUAGCCCAUAUGCUAUGUUGUACAUUUUAUGGAAAUAUAAAAGAAUCCCACAUUAUUUUAUAGAGUACUUCAGGGGCAUCCUGAGUGUUAAGGCUGGCUUUAGCAAGGGUUAUGAUCAAUACAACUAUUUUUACUACAAUAAUUAUUUUUCUUCUAUAAGACCCAGAAUCCUGACUCCAUUUGCAGACAGGAAUAUAUAUGUUGAGCCUGAUUUUUUUUUUCUGGUGUGUGUAAAACACUUCCUAGGAAUACAUUGGGCACUUUUGGAAAUAAUGGUUAAAUCACUCAGGUUGUGUUUCCUGCCCCCAAAACAGAUCUACAAAAUGAUACCAAACCUGAAAGAUUUCAUGGAUUUACGGUGCCUGCAUUCCACAUACCCUGAGAUUUAGCUUUGUAUUUUGAAUGAAUUUGCAGAAGACCUAUUCAUCCUUAGCACCUUAUAGACAAAACUUUUUAUGGCUUUCUUCCCAUGGGCAAUGCUUGAUCUUAUACAACAUAUAAACUCUAGCAUAUUUUGUACAUAUGUUUUGUUUUGUUUCUUUUCUUUUCUUUUCUUUUCUUUGUACAGACUAUUUACUUGUUCAGAAAACAUCGAGAUCUCCCAAUUUGUUAUUUAUCCUGCACUUAAAGGAGAUUAAACUCUUUCAGCAGAUGGCCUUUCAUGGUGUCUUCACAGAUCACAAGCUAAUGUGAAUCUGGAAGAUAGCAUCUGCACAAAAUUCUGUGAAUCGGAAAGAUCUUUGUAACUAAUCUGAAAUACAUGUACAUGCCCGUUACAGAGGAGCAUUGUUGGGGGCAGGAGGUAAAGAAACAUCUUAGAGAAAUCCACUUUACGAUCCAGUUCACAACCAGCUUUAUAUUAGAAAAACUUGGGAUUGGAAAAUCAGUCAGCCGAUCAGCCACAUGCAGCUUUGCUGAUAAAUGAAUACUUUUUCACACCAUUUAUGAAAACAAAUCUUCAACUCUGUUGCCUGUUAUAUUUAAGAAAAAUUGCUGUUUAUACUCUCUGUAUCUGAUUUUAAAAGGAAAAAGAAAUAUUCAUACCUGGCUUUCAGGUAAUUGACUUUGAAUUCUUACAAGCAAAGGCUGUUGUGUUUUUCUUGAGUAGAUACCUAAUAAAUUUUGCUUGAAAGUAC